AUAAACUUCUGAAACAAAUAUAGUCAGUCUAGUUGGGUGAAGAUCACUACAUGUAAACUCAUAUCAGAAAAUCAAUGCCUGAUGUGGUUUGUUGAAUAAAUAUUAAACACAGUGGACAAUCAGAUUCCACAAUGGUGUUCACUGGUUUUAAAAGUGUUGUAUGGUCACUGCUGACUGUCAUCUCUUUAAUCCUCUGUUUAAUAUCCACCGCUGCCGUUGAAUCAAGACCAGCAGUCAGUUCAGUUUUGGACUGUGAGCUUGAUAAUGACACGUACAUCUGCACUGGUGCUCAGUACCGCAUGUACUGCAACUCAAGAAUGCAUCAUUUCUCCUACCAGAGAUACCAAAACCAGAACCAAUACCAGUGCAUGAGUAAUAACUGUAUCUGUGUUGGCAAUAAGGACACCUGUACAUGCUACAAAAAUACUUCAUCCUGCUUCUGUGAGAAUUUCCGCAAUAACCUCACUAUCCCUACAGCAGUUAGUCCAGUCUAUGACUGUGGGCUUUAUAACGACACGUACAUCUGCACUGGUGCUCAGUACAACAUGUACUGCAACACAAGUGUGCAUGACUUCCAUUACAGUAAAAACCAUUACCAUUGUUUUAGUGAUAACUGUGACUGUGUUGGUAAUAAGGACACCUGUACCUGCUCUAGUAACACUUAUUCCUGCUUCUGCAAAAGCAUCCCUGCAGCAGUUAGUCCAGUCUAUGACUGUGGGCUUUAUAAUGACACGUACAUCUGCACCGGUGCUCAGCACCGCAUGUACUGCAAUACAAGAUUGCAUAGUUUCAACUACCAGAGAUAUAGAUACCUAGGCCAAUACCAGUACGAAUGCUGGAGUAAUACCUGUAACUGUGUUGGUGAUAAGGACACCUGUACAUGCUAUAGUAGCACUCUGUCCUCCUGUUUCUGUGAGACUUUAGGCAAUAACAUCUCUGUCCCUACAGCAGUUAGUCCAGUCACAGACCCUGACUGUGUGCUACAAAACAACAUGUACAUCUGCACUGGUGCUCAGUACCGCAUGUACUGCAACACAAAAAUGCAUGAUUUUUCCUACCAAAAAUAUCAGUUCCAGUACCAGUACCAGUGUGUGAACAAUAACUGUGACUGUGUUGGUAAUAAGGACACCUGUACGUGCUCUAGUAGCACUUUGUCCUCCUGCUUUUGUGAGGCUUACGGCAAUAUCAUUGCUCUCACGACAGCAGUUCGUCCAGUCUAUGGCUGUGUGCUUUAUAGCGACAUGUCAUACAUCUGCACUGGUGCUCAGUACCGCAUGUACUGCAAUACAAGUGUGCAUUAUUUCCAUUACGAUACACACCAUGACCACUGUUUUAGUGAUAACUGUGACUGUGUUGGUAAUAAGGACACCUGUACGUGUGACUACAGUAUGUCACCCUCCUGCUUCUGUACAGAUUACAACAAUAGCAUCACUAUCCCUGCAGCAGUGAGUCCAGUCUAUGACUGUGGGCUUUAUAAUGACACGUACAUCUGCACUGGUGCCCAGUACAACAUGUACUGCAACACAAGAAUGCAUUAUUUCUACUACUGGAAAUAUCAGUACCAAAACCAAUACGCAUGUGUGAGUAAUGACUGCAUCUGUGUUGGUAAUAAGGACACCUGUACCUGCUAUAGCAGCACUUUGUCCUCCUGCUUCUGUGAGACUUACGGUAAUAUCGUUGCUCUCAAUAGAGCAGUUGCUCCAGAUUAUGGCUGUGGGCUUUAUAACGACACGUACAUCUGCACUGGUGCUCAAUACCACAUGUACUGCGACACAAGAAUGCAUGAUUUCUACUACUGGAAAAAUCAGUACCAAGACCAAUACCUGUGCAUGAGUAAUGACUGCUUCUGUUUUGGCCAUAAGGACACCUGUGCUUGCUACUAUAGCACGUUGUCUUCCUGCUUCUGUGAGACGUACAACAAUAGCGUCACUAUCCCUACAGCAGUUAUUCCAUUGAGACUCUCUCAAUGUGUGUUUUUUAAUGACAUGUACAUCUGCACUGGUGCUCAGUACCGCAUGCACUGCAACACAAGUGUGCAUGAUUUUUACUACCUUUAUCAGAAUCCAAACCAAUACCAGUACGAAUGCUGGAAUAAUAACUGUAACUGUGUUGGUAAUAAGGACACCUGUACAUGCUCUAGUAGCACCUUGUCCUCCUGCUUCUGUGAGGCUUAUGGCAAUACCAUUGCUCUCGCUACAGCAGUUAGUCCAGUUUAUGACUGUGUGCUUUAUAACGACACGUACAUCUGCACUGGUGCUCAGUACCACAUGUACUGCAACACAAGAAUGCAUGAUUUCUACUACUGGAAAUAUCAGUACCAAGACCAAGACCAAGACCAAUAUGUAUGCUUGAGUAAUGAUUGCAUCUGUGUUGGUGAUAAGGACACCUGUACAUGCUACUAUAGCGCUUUGUCUUCCUGCUUCUGUGAGACGUACACAAAUAGCGUCACUAUCCCUACAGCAGUUAGUCCAUUGAGACUCUCUCAAUGUGUGUUUUUUAAUGACACGUACAUCUGCACCGGGGCUCAGUAUCGCAUGUACUGCAACACAAGUGUACAUGAUUUUUACUACCUUUAUCAGAAUCCAAACCAAUACCAGUAUGAAUGCUGGAAUAAUAACUGUAACUGUGUUGGUAAUAAGGACUCCUGUACAUGCUCUAGUAGCACUCUGUCCUCCUGCUUCUGUGAGACUUACGGUAAUAUCGUUGCUCUCAAUAGAGCAGUUGCUCCAGCUUAUGACUGUGGGCUUUAUAACGACACGUACAUCUGCACUGGUGCUGAGUACCGCAUGUACUGCAACACACAAAUGCAUAAUUUCUACUACUGGAGAUAUCAAUACCAAGACCAAUACCAAGACCAAUACCUGUGCAUGAGUAAUGACUGCAUCUGUUUUGGCCAUAAGGACACCUGUACAUGCUACAGUAGCACUUUGUCUUCCUGUUUCUGUGAGACGUACACCAAUAGCGUCACUAUCCCUACAGCAGUUAUUCCAUUGAGACUCUCUCAAUGUGUGUUUUUUAAUGACACGUACAUCUGCACUGGUGCUCAGUAUCGCAUGCACUGCAACACAAGUGUACAUGAUUUUUACUACCUUUAUCAGAAUCAAAACCAAUACCAGUACGAAUGCUGGAAUAAUAACUGUAACUGUGUUGGUAAUAAUGACACCUGUACAUGCUACAGUAGCACUCUGUCCUCCUGCUUCUGUGAGACUUACGGUAAUAUCGUUGCUCUCAAUAGAGCAGUUGCUCCAGCUUAUGGCUGUGUGCUUUAUAACGACACGUACAUCUGCUCUGGUGCUCAGUACCGCAUGUACUGCAACACAAGAAUGAAUGAUUUCUACUACCUGAAAUAUCAGUACCAAGACUAUUACCUGUGCAUGAGUAAUGACUGCACCUGUGUUGGUCAUAAGGACACCUGUACAUGCUACAGUAGCACUUUGUCUUCCUGCUUCUGCGAGACCUACAACAAUAACAUCACUAUCCCUACAACAGUUAGUCCAUUGAGACUCUCUCAAUGUGUGUUUUUUAACGACACGUACAUCUGCACUGGUGCUCAGUACCGCAUGCACUGCAACACAAGUGUACAUGAUUUUUACUACCUUUAUCAGAAUCAAAACCAAUACCAUUACGAAUGCUGGAAUAAUAACUGUAACUGUGUUGGUAAUAAGGACACCUGUACAUGCUCUAGUAGCACCUUGUCCUCCUGCUUCUGUGAGACUUACGGCAAUACCAUUGCUCUCGCUACAGCAGUUAGUCCAGUUUACGACUGUGUGCGUUAUAACGACACGUACAUCUGCACUGGUGCUCAGUACCACAUGUACUGCAACACAAGUGUGCAUGACUUCUACUACUGGAAAUAUCAGUACCAAAACCAAGACCACGACUAUUACCUGUGCAUGAGUAAUGACUGCACCUGUGUUGGUGAUAAGGACACCUGUACAUGCUACUAUAGUGCUUUGUCUUCCUGCUUCUGUGAGACGUACACCAAUAGCGUCACUAUCCCUACAGCAGUUAGUCCAUUGAGACUCUCUCAAUGUGUGUUUUUUAAUGACACGUACAUCUGCACUGGUGCUCAGUACCGCAUGUACUGCAACACAAGUGUGCAUGAUUUUUACAACCUAUAUCAGAAUCCAAACCAAUACCAGUAUGAAUGCUGGAAUAAUAACUGUAACUGUGUUGGUAAUAAUGACACCUGUACAUGCUACAGUAGCACCUUGUCCUCCUGCUUCUGUGAGGCUUAUGGUAAUAUCGUUGCUCUCAAUAGAGCAGUUGCUCCAGCUUAUGACUGUGUGCUUUAUAACGACACAUACAUCUGCACUGGUGCUCAGUACCGCAUGUACUGCAACACACAAAUGCAUAAUUUCUACUACUGGAGAUAUCAAUACCAAGACCAAUACCAAGACCAAUACCUGUGCAUGAGUAUUGACUGCAUCUGUUUUGGCCAUAAGGACACCUGUGCGUGCUACAGUAGCACUUUGUCUUCCUGUUUGUGUGAGACGUACACCAAUAGCGUCACUAUCCCUACAGCAGUUAGUCCAUUGAUACUCUCUCAAUGUGUGUUUUUUAACGACACGUACAUCUGCACUGGUGCUCAGUACCGCAUGCACUGCAACACAAGUGUACAUGAUUUUUACUACCUUUAUCAGAAUUCAAACCAAUACCAGUAUGAAUGCUGGAAUAAUAACUGUAACUGUGUUGGUAAUAAUGACACCUGUACAUGCUCUAGUAGCACCUUGUCCUCCUGCUUCUGUGAAACUUACGGCAAUACCAUUGCUCUCGCUACAGCAGUUAGUCCAGUUUACGACUGUGUGCGUUAUAACGACACGUACAUCUGCAGGGGUGCUCAAUACCACAUGUACUGCAACACAAGUGUACAUGACUUCUACUACUGGAAAUAUCAAUACCAAGACCAAGACCAAGACUAUUACCUGUGCAUGAGUAAUGACUGCUUCUGUGUUGGUGAUAAGGACACCUGUACAUGCUACUAUAAUGCUUUGUCUUCCUGCUUCUGUGAGACGUACAACAAUAGCGUCACUAUCCCUACCGCAGUUAGUCCAUUGAGACUCUCUCAAUGUGUGUUUUUUAAUGACACAUACAUCUGCACUGGUGCUCAGUAUCGCAUGUACUGCAACACAAGAAUGUACAUGAUUUUCUACUACCGGAAAAAUCAGAAUCCAAGACCAAUACCAUCCAACUUCUACAACCACAAUGACUUCAACUACUACAACCACACUCACUCCAACUUCUACAACCACAAUGACUUCAACUACUACAACCACACUCACUCCAACUUCUACAACCACAAUGACUUCAACUACUACAACCACACUCAGUCUAACUUCUACAACCACCAUCACUACAAGUUCUGCAACCACAAUGACUUCAACUACUACAACCACACUCACUCCAACUACUACAGAGGGGACAAGUCUUCAUGGUUGGACCAACAUGUCACCUUAGAUAAAAUCCCUCGACUUGACACGACAAGUUCUUCUGUGGACAUCGAUCUCAUUGGGAUUGCCAAGAACAACAAUGAAGGAUCAGCUGCUGUGGCUUUCUUGAGUUAUAACACAAUGGAGCAUCUACUGAAGCCCGACUUCUUCAGCACAUCAAAUGAUACGGACUCCAACCCCAGCGGUUCUCUGUCCUGUGUGUACUGGAACACCAGCGAGUGGAUUGUAGAUGGUUGUUCUGUUUUAAGAGACCAACAGCAGCUACACUGUGUGUUCCUGUGUUCAUCUGUCGACAUUCGCUCUCAUGCAAACCAGCAGUUCAUCCGAGAGCAAUCCACCGUUGGACCUGUUGACUUGGGUGUCUGUGACCUUGGGGCUGCUGUUCUUGAGUGUGGGCCUGUUGAUCUUUGCCCUUUGUCGGUGGACUCGUCUGGCAGCAGUACAAGAAGUGCUUCAGAUGUCUUUGAUGUGGACUCAAAGCCAUCAACAUCGAAAGUGUCCCAAGAAAAACACUGCAACAUCACGUUAUCCCUAGAACGCGUGAACCAAAACACCAGCUCGAGUGCAUAA